AUUUGGACCCGGCCCUUAAUCAACGUAGUCUACAUACCUUUAGCGACAUGUGCAAACCGUACCUCAACGGCAAAAGGCGGCGGUUGCGGCGUCGAUUGGUUGCGUGACCGUCCCCGUUGCCUGUUCAUCGUCGGAUCGACCUGUUUCCGCCGUUUCUCUGUCGCACCAUCUACUGAAAACUUUUAAUGGCAACAAAAACCAUAAACGUCAACACCGAAGACAUUGAAGACGACUGUCUCUGUUCGGAGAUCACUACAAUUUGCUCUAUUCCUUUGGAACAGAAGGAUGUAGAAGAGACACAGUCGCUGGCUCUGAAUCGUCCAAAUGGGUACUUGAAAGGGGAGUCGCGCAUAGAGAGAGCGUGGUCUCAUUGGAAGAAGCUAGGCGAGCCCAAACUUAUAGUGGCACCAAUGGUUGACAACUCGGAGCUUCCUUUCCGUCUUCUAUGUCGAAAAUAUGGUGCAGAAGCGGCUUAUACUCCUAUGCUUCACUCGCGUUUAUUCAAUGAAGAUGAGAAGUAUCGGGCUAUGGAAUUUUCCACUUGCAAGGAGGACCGUCCACUUUUUGUUCAAUUCUGCGCAAACAAUCCAGACACUUUGCUGGAAGCAGCUCGAAAAGUUGAACCCUAUUGUGACUAUGUGGACAUCAACUUUGGGUGUCCUCAGCGGAUUGCAAAACGCGGGAAUUAUGGAGCUUUCCUCAUGGAUAAUCUCUCUCUGGUCAAGUCUCUGGUAGAAAAGUUGGCGAACAAUCUUAAUGUUCCGGUAUCAUGCAAAAUUCGAAUUUUCCCUAAUUUGCAAGAUACACUUAGUUAUGCAAAGAUGUUGGAGGAUGCAGGUUGUUCUCUCCUAGCAGUGCAUGGACGAACAAGGGAUGAAAAAGAUGGGAGGAAAUUCAGAGCCAAUUGGGAGGCCAUCAAGGCUGUCAGAAAUGUUGUUAGAAUUCCUGUCCUGGCAAAUGGUAAUAUAAGGCACAUCGAUGAUGUACACAGUUGCUUGGAAGAAACUGGUGCUGAUGGGGUACUUUCAGCAGAUCCUCUUCUUGAGAAUCCAGCCCUCUUUGCUGGGUAUCAAACUGCUGAAUGGGGUUUGGGUGUUGCAGGAAUGAAGGAAGACGAUAAGCUAGAUCAGGCUGAGUUACUGAUAGAAUAUUUGAGGUUUUGUGAGCGAUAUCCAGUGCCUUGGAGAAUCAUCCGUUCUCAUGUACACAAGUUGUUGGGAGAGUGGUUUAGGAUCCAGCCAAGUGUGCGAGAGGAUUUUAACAAACAAUAUAAACUCACCUUUGAAUUUCUUUAUGAUUUAGUGAACCGAUUAAAGGAACUUGGGGUGAGAAUACCACUUUAUGUGAAGGAUACUCAGCAGGCAGUAUCUGCAAAUUGACUUUGUUGCUCAAGUUCUGUUCUAAUCAGAAAGAUGGAGCCAGCUAUGGUGAAUCACCAGGUCAUUUUUUUUCACUCCAGCUCGUUCUUGAAAAAUGUUGUGUGCGCACUAAUGUUGGUCAGAGUAGGUGGAGGGUAAACGUAUCUCAACCUUUUACCUCAUGUUUUGUAUAAUUAUAUACUGACAUUUUUCUUGUAUCAUUGAGAUAAUUUACACACUUUUUUUC